CCCAUCUCAUUUUUAUUUAAAUUUCAUUCUUCCCAUCUCCUCUCCUCCAUUUAUUCUCCUCACCAGGAAAAUAUUAUUUACAGCCAAGAAACGCGAAAAUCUCUCUCUCUCUCUCAUCAGGCUCGCCGGAAUCACGGAGUCGUAGAAGAUCAUAAGAUCGCGGUGAAUCAGAGGAGAAGAAGAGCUAAAACAAAUGAAGAGGUGCGAGCUCUGCAAAUCAGUAGCCAAGACCUUCUGCGAGUCAGAUCAGGCCAGCCUCUGCUGGUCCUGCGACGCCAAGGUCCACGGAGCUAACUUCCUCGUCGCUCGCCACUCCCGCGCCCUGCUCUGCCACCUCUGCCAGUCGCUGACGCCAUGGCAGGCCGCUGGUGCGCAGCUCGGCCAUACCGUCUCCUUCUGCUUGCGGUGCGCUAACGGUGAUACUCACGAGGAAGAGAGUGGGAGCGAGGAAUCCGAGCUGGAUGAGGAAGAUGAGGAUGCCGAUAAUCAGGUUGUUCCAUGGUCAGCCUCAGCCACAACGCCGCCGCCGCCGAGCUCCUCGUCGUCUUCUUCGUCAGAGAGUGACGGCGGCGGAGAGUACGUCGAAUCUAAAACCGCGGUUCCGAUCAAACGAACCAGGGAUCUGAUUUGCUUGCUCGAGGAUGAUAUCGGCCGGCGAUCUGAUCGGCGGAAGUACUGUCAGUUUCCGACUCGGUCUCACUCAAGCGAGUCGAGUCCCCUGGAUGAGUCGGUGAGGCCUUUGAAGAACCGGAGAAUAAUGGGAUCGGCCGUACACUGCUGCUCCGGCACAAGAUCCGCGGCCAUUGAGGAGCGCUUGGUGAACCUGCAUCCCGCUGUCAGUCAAAAUCGUGUGAGAUUUUGCGAUGCGGAGGCGGUGGCCGUUGACGAAGAAGAAGAUGAAGUUUCAUCAGUAAAUAUCAGCCGUACGAUCUGAAAGAGAGGGAGUAGAUGUUGUGUGGGCCCUUAAUUAAAUUUCUUUGGCUCCGGGAGUUGGUUGGUUGGAAGGCACCGAUGGCGUCUCCGAAAUCCUAACAAGAAAAUUAAUUGAUUAAUUAAUAUUUAAAUCAUUGAUUAGUUUCAUGUUUGUAUUAACCCCACCCCAUUCCCGAGAUGAUAAUUAUAAUUGCAAUCAGGUGAGACAGAGAGAUAGAGCCAUAGAGGUGUAUAUUUUAUUAUAUUAUUAUUAUUAUAGCUUUUAGAUAAUCUUGGGUUCGUUUGGCGUGUGUAAAAACUGGCGUGAAACCGUGUCAGUAAUGGAAUGGAAUUCGAGUAGGAAAAAUGGAUGAUGUUACUUGUCAGUGAGAACUCCCGAUUCCGAUCUCUUGCUUGCCCUUUUGUUUCUCCUCCGUCUUCUUUAUAUCUAAAAAAAUGCGGACAGCUCUGACGUAAUAUUACUGUUAUGGCCAAUUGUGAAACUAAGCAAGUGAAAUUAAGGGAUGUCGAUUUCAUAGUAAGACAGAGAAAGAAGACCAUUCCAUCAAACUAUAGACUUGACAAAGAAGAGGUUUUGUGUGGGGAACCCAAUUAGUGGCCCUGGUUGCCGCGCUAAACUUGACAUCACUAUCGAUAGAAAUUAUUUGAUGACUGUCAUCAACUACCAAGUCCCCUCAAAUGCACCAAAUGUUGGUGAAUUUGGUAGAUAAUCACUUCACCUUCAAUAUUGUAGAAAUUGCCGGAGAUUCUAAUUAGCAAAUCUUUUCAAUUGUCUUGUUGUUUUGCUCUUUUAUCCGCCAUAAUAAUUAUCAUUUUAACAUCCUCUGACUAGUUUAAGGUAUAUCCUUCAUAGACUACAAUUUAGAUAUAAAAGCCGAUUAAGUCAUUAGUUUGAGGUAUCCUUUCACAGAUUAUAGUUUUAAUAAGAAACCUGGCUAGAUCAUGAGCAGGUGUAUUGCUCAUGGCAAUUCUCCCUUUUCGUGAAUCCUAAUAGCUUAUAAUUUCUAGACGUGGAGUUAGACUUUUCUGUGGGUUAUGUAGUUCCUCAUCCCGGGCAAAAAAAUGAAUGAAUUUGUUAAUUUCAUACAUUGUUUUCAAUGCAUGCAUAAUAAUAUAUACGCAUAUAAGAAAAUUGAUGUAUUAUAGUUUACAUAGUUUGGUUUCUGUGAUAGUUAUUCUAGUAUUUAAAUAAUAUAUUGCUUUCUAGGUGAAAUGUCACUUUUACCGUUUGUUUUUAAUAUAAAAAAGCAAAACACAUCAAAAUGUGUAGGGGCAUAGUUGAGAGAAGAAAACACUCCAACAAUCUCAAACAAACAAUCUCAACAAUCUCAUAAAAAACUUGAGAUAUUACUAUCACUCAUUUUGAGUGAUAGUUUCCGUCACAUCAGACAAACAAUGCAUGUAUAGUUUGUGGAGAAAAUUCAAAAAACAAUGCAUGCAUUGUAACUAUCUCAACCAAACAAUCACCAAAAUCAAACGAACCAAAAACACACAUCCAAAUAAACGAUCUCUACAACAAUACACAAGCAUCAGGAGUUAUGGUUAUUACUUAGGUUGAAGUAGCAGGUUAGACUUGUGGUGUAGAGGUCAUAGUACUGUGGCUAGCUAAGGUACCAGUUUUGUGAAACUUUAAACACCAACCAACCAUUUGAACAUCAACUCUGCUUUCAUGGUGGAUGGCGAACAGACUUACAGAGUGUCCCCGAACAUAGAAAAGAAGAAAAACUAAAAGAUAGCUGUAGCUGCAUAAUUCCUGGAAAAGAAAAAAAAAAGAGCCGAGUCAGGAAAAGAGAAAAGUUUUUGUUGGAUAUUAUAAUGAAUGUACCAUUGUUUUGUCUGUGAAAGGACCUGUGGGCAGAGUAUUGAUUGUGGAAAAUAUCACAUUGAGAGGUUUCAUUUAUCAUGUGGCUGCCAUUUCGGCCUUACAAUUUUACUGGCCAGGGGCAGGUGGCCACGAUUUCAGAAAUGAAACCACUUUCUAACCAGAAGCUGUAACCCGGGCCACCCAAUUUCAUUUGGUUAGUAUUGGAGAAGGUGAUGGGUUUGUGGGUGAGAUUGCGUCGUGUCACUUUUUUGUUUUUUUCCUCAUGGUGGUUGGUUCAUGCAUGCACGGUCAAAAUUGGCAACCAUGGCAUAUGAUUUGAUCCACUCCCAACCCAAGUUGUCUAUUAUUCUUUUAGGGUACAUACAAUUUAAUAUCCAAACCUUUCAUUUUAAACAAUAUAAUAGCCAAACCUUUUCGAAAACAAUCUAAUAUCCAAAUUGUCAACUUUCCGUCCGUUUGACCGUUGGUUGACACUUCAAAAACGUUUUGUUUAGGGGAAAUUGUCACAAUACAACUUUGUUUUCUUGUUUUGGCAUUGCAGAUGACUGAAUAUUUAGAUAUUCUAUACCAUCAUGGUGGAGUCAUGGACUUCUCGGGUUUGGAACCACGAUAUGUUGGUGGUUUUUCAGAGAAGAUAUCGAUGGAUAUUGAUGAAGCGUCGUAUUUCGAAAUUUUUUGAAGUGUCAACUAACGGUCAAACGAACGGAAAGUUGACGAUUUGGAUAUUAGAUUGUUUUCGAAAAGGUUUGGCUAUUAUAUUGUUUAAAAUGAAAGGUUUGGAUAUUAAAUUGUAUUUACCCUAUUCUUUACUAGCAAAGCUCAUCGUUUCGCGUAUUAGAAAAAUAAAUAUUUCAAAAUAAUAGUUUUAAUGUUGACACAAAAGUGAAAAUAAUCUUAUUUCACUCUUAAUCAUUCUUUUCAUAGGUUUGUUAUUUACAAUAGCACAUGGUUGAUGAACUUGCAUAAGGUAGAAGGGUCGUCAAAUAUAUUAUUUAUGUUUAAACUUCUUUCAUGAUGCUUCAAUUUGUAUGACUAAGAAUUGAUCCUGCUGUAAUUUUUGCAGAAUGAAGCAGCUUCUCUGGAUCUUUUCGAGAAGUAUUUAAAAAAAAACUGUUGAGUGUUUAGCUGAAAAACUAUCAGAAUUACUUUCGAACAUAAGCGGUAAUGAAAAAUGACUAAAAAAGAUUUCUAACAUAAAAUAUGAAUACAAAUUCUAAAAGUAAAAAAGUAUUAAAAAUGGAUCACAUUAUAAUUAUUUCAUAUAAAUAAUACUAUUUUUCAAUUUAUCUUUUUAUAAUGAUAUAAAUGAAAGAAAAUUAUGUUUUCUAGAAAAAGAAUAAUAUAUGGUAGUACAAUUUUGUAUUUUCAAAUCAGAGCUUCUGCUUUUAAGUUACGAAAAACUUCUGUUUUUAAAAAAGUGAAACUUUAUAAAUCGGGCAUAAAUACAAAUGCUUUCACCCCUUAUAUCUGGAAUAUUUGACUUGGAAUCCAUCAUCUCUCAACCUAUUUUACUCUAGAUUGUGCCAUUUUGUUUAUAUUUAAGUUCCUAGUACGUGAGGGAAGGUCGAUGGCGAGUUUCGAAACAAUUGGAGGUCGAAAAGCGCCAAAGUAAGAAGAAAGUGUGAGAUCACGGGUAGAGAGAUUUUGUAACGGUCCCCAGCCCGUGAAGAUUGAUCGGUGACCGUGAAGAUUGCUUAGGACCCUGAGGUUUUGCUCGCCUCGUAGGUAGGUCAUUUGUCUCGGUCAGCAGACCAUGAUCUUUUCAAGCUGACUAUGAAGAUGGACUAAAACGACAACAAUAGGAUGCACCUUCGAUCGAAAUCAUGGGCGGAUUGUCGAUGUCAUGGCCGUGAUAUUCAGCCCGUGAUGCUGGCACUCAGGCAGUAUAAAUAGAAGACGGUUGGGAGAGAGAAAAUAGAGCUUGGUUGGGUUUAGACUUUUCAGGUUUUCCCAUAGUGUUUCGACACAAAAAAGACCAAAGAGGGAUUCUAGAGAGAGGGAGAGAUCUAGAGGGUCCUUAGAGCUUGCGUGGAGAAGUCACCCACCAUUGAAACUCGGAGAUCAACCCCUAGAAGAUGAAGAUGGAAGAAUUUGUGCUUUGUGUUAUAAUCUCUCUCUUCUCUAUGAGCUAGAUCUCUUCUCUUAGGUUGAUGGAUCCUAGGUGUAAAUUUUGGUUUCAUGCUUGAUUGAUGAAUUUAUCUAGUUUAUGGAUGGUUUACAUGGAUUACAUGAGUUUGGUUUCCACUUCAUGUUAAUUGAGAUUUUGACCUUGGAGGGAGAUAACCCCUUAGAGCCCAUUAAUAGCGUCUUCGGGUCACACCUAUCUUAUCUCGUUCCGGGAAAUCCCCAUGGGAGUUGAUAAACUUGAUCUCUUGAUUACACAUGAAACCCUAGGUUGAAUAGAGCACCUACCCAUCCAUCACUUUGCCAUUCCGGGUCAAUCUUGAGUGAAUCUAUCUCUUAACGAUAGGAUAGUGAGUCGAUCGAGCUAGGAUAGUGCGCAACAUCGGUCCAAAUGAUAAAACUAGGGAGAUUCUAGCUAAGUGACCUCCACCACUUGUAGUUAGCAAGGUUAGUUAAUUUAGUUUUCCUAAUCACUAUUCUAACUUGGCUAGAUAACGAAAGUUAAACCCGGAGUAAGGUACAUGGAGGAGACCCGUGGUUGAAUAAUUUUUAUUCUUGCUUACCCUAUGCUACACCCGGUCAUUGGUUAUGUUGGACCAUCGAUUGGGAUGUGUAGUUAGAGUCGAGCCAACUUUCUAAAUAACAAGAGUGUUUAGCUCGACAUAGAGGAAUGGAGUGUCACUAUUGAGAAUAUCAUCGAUAACAUUCUUAUUUAUAGUUUCCCACUAGCUUCAGUGCCUAAGGUGGUUAUGAAAAUCUAGAUCCUAUUCUAACUCGGUUUAGGACUCUAUCUUGGCAUGCACUCCAUCGCUGGAAGCUUUUAGGGUACCGACGGUCAUUGCAACGGCGGGUUGGACCACCACAAGGCUUUUUUUUCCCUGAUCCUAUUGAGAAGAAAAUUGGCACAAAUUAUCUUUUUUCUUCUUAAGACUCCAUGUGAAAUUUGGUUUGUUUGGUGAAUGACGGAUUGGGUUUCUGGUUUUGGUUCCCUCGUGUUCAAUGCAAUCCAGAAUGUUGUGCUAUGUGAGCAUGUUUAUGAAAUUGUGAACAACUACCCAAAAGGGCAUAAAACUGUAUAAAACACACAUAAGGUCUAAAAAUCACACUUUGAACAAGUAAUUAACAUUUUAUCAUAAAAUGCUUAAAAACAAAUCAAUUGAGAAUGAAUUUAGCUUCGAACGAGAUAAGAAAAAAAUAACAAUUUUCAAAUGUCAUCAAAUUGUCGACAUUUUUGGAUUGUCUCAAAUAGGAUGGCAAAAAUAUCCGUAAUCGAGGAUAUCCGCACGAAUCCGACUUAGUUGGGUAGGGUAAAUCCCGAACCCGAAGGACUUUUAAUGGAUGCAGGUAAAAUCCGAAACAAAAAAUUACGGGUAAUGGGUGGGCAUGGUUUUCUCACUAUCCAACCCGAACCCGCCCGAUUAUACACAUGCAUAUGUAUUUUGUCUUGAAAUAAUCAUUAUUUUUUUCUAACAUAUUUUGUAAUAAGCAUAUAAAUAUAGUAUAUCAUGAAAUUGUGUUGUUUUAAUUAAUUUUAUUCAUUCUAGUGAAUUAUUGUCGUACGUUUCCUCUUAUGUAAUGUGAAAAUACGUGUUAAUGUUAGUAUAAUGGUUGAAGUUAUAAGGGGAAAUUAUUAUCUAUGGAUAACCGUGGAUAGCCGAAACCCGAGUGGGUAUGGGCAUGACUUUAUUUUCUACCCAUUUCUUAUGUGGGUAUGAGUAUGGGUAAAACCAGAACUAUUUUGGCUAAGGUAACAGAUAUGCUCUAUCCGCCCCGACCCGACCCAUUGCCAUCCCUAGCCCACACGAUUUUAGUUAUUUUAGGGGAUUUUAUAUAAAGAUGAUAUUUACCUAUUUUGAGCAAGUUUAAACAAAUUUGUUUAUGUUUUUUAUACUUCCUUUAAAAAUAUCGUAAUAACAAUAUUAGGCGGACAACUUAUGUACCUGAGAAUGUUCACUUGUUCUCUAUAUAUGUGGUACUUGAAUUGUAAUACACCGAACAUCUAUCUAUCUAUAAUAUUAUAGCAAUUCAAAAUUAAAUUUUUGCCACAUAAGCACUUGGAUAGAUCUCAAGUUGCCAAGGUGGACAAUUUUUUUACCAAAAAAAUAGUUAUUGACCUAUUUAUGAAGUUGUCCCUCUCUCUUCAUUUAAUAUUUAAUUCUCUUUUAUCCAAUAAUUAUUUUGCUUUUGUUUUUGCAUUAUAUCUAUAAAUAAUAUAUGGAGAGAAAGGUUAUCAAACCGGUUUAGCAAGUGUAAUGGUUUUACCAGUGGUACAACCGGUUUGUGUCGUUUCAUGCCGGUUAAUAAAAUAUGUAGAAAUAUAAAAAAAUCAUUAAUAUCAAAUGAAUUUAAUCAUAUAUAAACCAUAUUUGAAGAUAAUUUACGUACAAUUCAUAUUGAUAUUUGAAUAAAAUAUGAUAUUUCAAAUAAAAUUACAUGUACUCAUACUUAAAUUCACUAAAACGAUGUAUUUUUCUUAUAAAUUUGUAAAAUGAUCAUACCGGUCAUACCGAUGGUGUCAUGUCGAUUUCAUGACCGGUACCGGUUGAAUGGUUCAACCGAUGGCAUGCCGACCGACGUGACAAUCUUGAUGGAGAGUGACAUAUAUCACAUUUGGUUUUGCAUUAUAUCGAUGUACGCAACAGUAUACUAAUGUUCGUGGAGUGACAUAAAUAUCACACUUUUUAAACCAAAAAAUAUAUGAUUAAAGAUUACUAUGUAAAUUCUGCUCAUUUUUACUAAAACUUAAUAAUAAUUACAUUUUAAUUAAUAAUUUAAACAAACACAAAAAAAAAAUACUUUGGCGAUAAUGUCUGAAAGAAACUUGACCAAGAAAUAAUAGUUAUUUAUUAAAAAAGCUUCUUAUUCAUUCUGAUCAAGUGAAAACUUAUGAAUCGCAUGUGCAGUAUUUAUAAUAUAUCCUAAGUUCACAUUACUAAUAUUUUCUCUAAGUCAUGUUGAUUGAGCAAACCUCUAUUGAGGUCUUACAUCAUAUGCUAAGAAAUUUUCUUUUCAGACUUGGAGUUAUUUAUUGUUAAAGAUUAUAAAUUGAAGUUUCCAAAAUGACUUAGAGUAUAAUAGUUGAUGAACUUUGACUGAGACACUAGACCACUUGAAAAAUGAAAUGUGUGAAAUUUAGAGAAAUCUUUGUUAAGGAUGUACGUUAAAUAUCACAUUUCAUGCUAAGAAAAAUCUAAAUAUGAAGAUUGAGGUAAUAAAUAAACAUUAAUGUUUUACUUCACAUAUAUAACAAAAAACAUUUAUAGUUACAAUAGUGUAAACCAAGCUAUUGGGUCAACAGAAGAACACUUAAUAAAUAUGAGUUUAGUAAGAAAAUUGUAACAAGUCUAUAUAGUUGUGAGUUUGUGAUUUCAUACCAAAUUUUGGCAAUAACAAAAAAUAUUGAUAUCAUAUUCCACCCAAGGAGCUGAGUUCAAAGGUAUCAAUUAGUGUUGAAAGUAAAAUAAACUCUCUCUCUCUCUCUCUCUCUCUCUAUAUAUAUAUAUAUAUAUAUAUAUAUAUAUAUAUAUAUAUAUAUAUGUUUAGAUAUUAACAAUAGAUGUGUCGACAAUACAUCCAAUAAUUUAAAUACAUGUGAAAAGCCACAAUGUUUGUAUGAACUUUUAAAUUUUGCUACAAAAUAUUUUGUUAAAAAAUUAUAAGUUAAUUAUUCAAGGAAUACAUAAUUUUGAAUGCACCUGAAAUAUUUGUCUGUCGUAUACACACUUUACCAAUUAUUAAUAUAAGUAAUGAAAUUUUUGUUCUAGAACAAACACCAAAUAUAAAGAAAUUUUAGCGAAUGGACAUUCAAAUAGUUGAAAAUUUAUAUAUUGAAGGAACAUGUUAAGAUGAGAACCUUUGAUAGUGUAUAUGAAUCCUUGGAUUCAGAUUUUAAACGAACAUCUAGACUAAAGGCAUGGUUGAGGGAUAGUACAAACUUAAAAUAUUAGCAAUUAUAAUAAGUUGUUAUACAAAGACUUCAUGAACAUCAACAAUAAAAAUGAGUGAGGUUUAAAGAAUUUAAUCAUUAUAAGGGAUACGAUGUGUGUCAAAUUUCAAUUGGAUAAACAUAAUUUAUUCAGUAAUCAAGUAUCUUUUUCCAAUAAUUUGAACUUUGAUUAAUUGGCUGAGAGUUCGUACAAACUCGAGAAUCAUGAAUUGAUAUAUGUUGUAUAAGAUAAUAAAUUUGAGCAUCUUGAUGGAAAAAAAUUUAUAUACGAUCCUAAAUGGGAUGUGAUAAACCUUUACGACAUGAUUUAUGAUCAGAGAAAAUUCAAACAUGUAGAAAACUUAACUAAUAUAAAUAAUAAAAUAAACUUCUCCGGCCAACUGACCGGUAAAAAACUAGUACAAAUGUGAAGGAACAAUUCAAUAACGACUGAGCAUGCAUGAACAAGUUAAUCACAAAUUUUCUCAAAUAGUUAAUUAAUUAUCCCAUGACAAGAUUGUGAAACGUACCGAUCUCUUAUCGACUUUUAUGUACCAGCCCAAUUAAAUUAUGGAGGGCUAUGGGGGUUAAUUGGGAAUAAAGAAGAAAGAAAAGCGUGUAAGUGUGGAACCGAAUAACAGAGGGGGUUGGGACAUGUGGGCCGAGAUGAGAUCUUUGCGUUGGGGGUUCAGUUCAUGGUUGAGACCUGAACAAGGUCAACAUCAAAUGAAGCGAAGGGACGUGGGGAAGAAUAUAUCUACGGGUUUCUGUGGUUUAGGAAUAAAAAAUAUCUGUUGGGGCCGGCGUGGGUUAAUUUGAUUGUGUGGUCCGGCGUUGCCUUGUAAAUCUUAGGGUAUAUUUUGAAUAUACUACAUAGGAUGAAUGGUGGUGAUCUCUCCACCUUUCUUUUCCUUUUCCUUUGUCUUUUUUUUUCUUUCUCCUUGCUUGGUCCACAACAUCAUUUCAGAACUACAAAGUACAAAUUAGGGGAAGUAAUCGAUGGGUUAUUAGUAUUAGUGUAUUACUAAUUAGCUACAAGUAGUCACCAACUACCGUUACCAGGUGGCUGUCGGUAUACCGACUAACCGAUUAGCUAUUCGAUAACUUUUCUAAUUAGCUCUUGUGCUACUACUCCACUUUAAUUCGAGUCCCUACCAAUUCUCAAUCUCACAAACCAUUAGACACCAAACAUAUCCGUUCUUCCAUCCCACCCCGCCUCCUUCGCUCACACCACUUUCGUUGGUGCUUUCUCUUAAUUUUUUCUGUCCCAUCCAGUGGGGGAUUAACUGCUUCUAUUGUCAUCACCGCUGACCGAGUUAGGAUAAAGGAAGCCAUUGAAGAGUGGAACGAUGGGUAGGAUUCGGAGAAAAUCUCAUAUGGAAAUUGUGAUAUGUUAUGCUCAUUUGUGCUAUGUUUUAAUGAUUUUUUCGAGCUCAUCUUUGGGUAAUUGGUUCCCUUCUGCCGAGGAAAUUCAAAAGUUGGGGAUUUCUUUUGACAUGAUGCUCCAGAAGAAGAAGAAUCAAGCUUGAGGGAGAGAUGAGAUUCCUAGGACUAGAGGCAGGGGAGGUGAGACAGAAGGUGAGCGGCGUAGAGUAGUCAAAGAGAUGGUUGAAGAUUGGAUUUGGUCGCGACGACUAAGUGGAGGUCGAGGUUUCGUAUAUGAGAGACUUGGUUUUCAGUUAUCUGGUAAACUAGAUAACCAUCAGUAAUUAAGUAGAAAGCAGUUGAUUUACUGUUUAGGGUGUGUUGGCUAUCGCCUACUGCCGAUUACCGAUUCGAUAUUCGAUUAAACCGUUAAUCGAAUAACUACUUACCAGCCCUAAUACAAGUUAAUGGGGUAGCUAGAAAUUUAGGGUUUUUGUGGAAUAGUUUUUUGCUUUAGGAAUAAAAUAUAUGUCGGGGCGGGGGCGGGCUGGUUGAUUUGAUUGUGUGGCCCGACUAGGGUUGGAAAAUGGUGUUGUCAGUGGUUUGGUCUAGACCAUACCAUAUAUACGGUUUGCAGUCUACACCAAGUGGGUAGAACAAAGACCAUAAACUAUAUAGUCCCAACGUUGCCUUUGUAAAUUUUAUGGAAUAUAUCAUAUAUGGAAUAUAGGAUCAAUAGUGGUGAUCUCUAGAACAGAGACCAUAGACCAGACCAUAAACAUGUUUUUAUAUUCGAAUUUUUUUCUAAAAUACAAUGCAAAUUAUGAGAGAUAUAAUUCUUGAGGUACCAACACAAAAAAUUAUUCACGAUCAAUCACUAAUCUUAUUUUGAAGCGUAUCUUUAUGUUGUUCAUUGCAAUAAGUGCUCUUUUAAUAUUUGCUAACCAGAUAAACUGCGUCCAUCAUAUUAAUUACUAUAACAAAAAAUGUGACUACCAUCUUAUCAAACACUUUUAAUACGUUACUUAUAUAUUUUUAAUAAUCUUUUCAUUUUAUAAGUAAAAUCGAUCAUGAUUCAACAUUUAAAUGAAUUUAGAGAAGAUCUUAUUAUAUAAACAUAAAUUUUACGAUUACAAAUAAAUUGCACCAAUCCAAAUCAUCAACUCAUGCAAAAUUAUUACAAUAUAUUGUACACUUUCUCAAAUUAGGCUUCACAAUUUUUAAAUUUUCAGCCUUCAUUUUCCUCCUCACUUUUAAUAUUUCAAUUUUUAAACCCAAUACUUAUUAAACAUAAAUGCACAUAUAAGUAAGCGUUACUAGGAUUCAAAUGUACAACCUAUUAGGCUUUGAUAUAAUAAUAAGAUAAAAUAAAUCAA